AGAAGGGAUAGAGCGGAUGAAAGGGGAGGGGAAAAGACAGGAGAUGCGAGGAGGUGGGGAGGGACAGGAGAAGAGAAGGAAGGAAGGAGAGGGUUGUGGAGGGAAGGUGGCAGCUGCUGCAGAGGAUUAGGAUCCAUCUCAGGAUCUGAGGGCUGCAUGAUGAGGUGGGCCAGGAACUGCUGAUGGAGGAAGAGAGAAAUUGAAAAGUGGAAGCAGAAUCGUGGAGGCAGAAGCCCCAGAAAAAGGGGGCAAGGAAGGAGAGGUGAUGGGGAAUGAGGAAGACAGCAUGGAGUAAGGCCUGAGGAGGUUGAACCUGAGGUGGCCAAAGGAGAGAGCUGGUAGGGCAGGGUGAGGAGGGAAACGUUUGGGGAAUGCCCGGAGCCUUUUGACUAGAUUCCCCACCCCAUUUCCACCAUGCCCCCUUGGUCCUUACCCCUGGCCUGCCCAGCCCUCACUCUGAUCCUUGGGGCCCUUACUUCCCUUUUCCUCUGGUACUGUUAUCGCCUGGGAUCCCAGGACACCCAAAUCCCUGGGGCAGGGGGUGCUAGCAGAGGGGGUGUUGGAGUUGGUAGAGGUUCUGAUGCUGGAGGUCAAGGCCCAGGGGUCACCGGGGAGCCUGGUGAAGGGCCAGGGGCAGAAGGCCUUGUGAGUCGGAGGCUUCGGGCCUAUGCCCAGCGUUAUUCCUGGGCCGGGAUGGGGCGGGUAAGGCGGGCAGCUCAGGGCAGUAGCAGUCUUAGUGGAGGCCCAGGGAUCCAACGCCCAGCUCUGCUCUUUUUGCCGGACCUUCCUUCUGCCCCAUUUGUGCCCCGGGAUGCUCAGCGCCAUGAUGUGGAGCUCCUAGAGAGCAGUUUCCCUGCCAUCCUUCGGGACUUUGGAACUGUGAGCUGGGAUUUCUCAGGGACGUCCUCUCCACCUCGGGGAUGGUCUCCUCCUUUGGCCCCUGGGUGCCAUCAGUUCCUACUCUACAGGGCUGGUCGGUGCCAGCCAAAUAACUGCCGACGCUGCCCAGGGGCAUAUCGGGCCCUGCGAGGGCUGAGAAGCUUUGUGAGUGCCAAUUCUUUUGGCAAUGCUGGCUUUUCUGUCCUGCUGCCUGGAGCCAGACUUGAGGGGCGCUGUGGACCCACCAAUGCUCGUGUCCGCUGUCAUUUGGGCCUGAAGAUUCCCCCUGGCUGUGAGUUAGUCGUUGGGGGUGAGCCCCAGUGCUGGUCUGAAGGACAUUGCCUGCUCGUGGAUGAUUCUUUCCUGCACACUGCAGCUCACAAUGGCUCUGUAGAAGAUGGACCUCGUGUGGUCUUCAUCGUUGACCUUUGGCAUCCCAAUGUAGCUGGAGCUGAGCGACAAGCUCUUGAUUUUGUCUUUGCACCUGACCCAUGAAGGAAAAUUUGAUGUCCUGAUAUCCUGCCUAGAGAGGGCUCUAAUCUCCUACCCAUGAAGCACAGACACAUUGGACUUAGGCAGCUUGGUGUGACAUGGUUUUUCUCUCACCUCUGGUAUUGCUAUGGGUGUCAUACAUAGGUGGGGCAUGCAGAAGUGAGGAGUUGGCAUAUCCAAGAACCGAAAUACAAAUUUACAAUACUCUUUAAAUCCUGGCAGCAUCCUUCCACAACACACAAAAGAGGGACACUUAAAGCUGGUGGAAGUUAAGUAGUCUCAGAUGCAGUAUAAUGUAAUGAAAAGAACACUACACGAAGUGAGAAAACCCAUUUUCUAGGCUUGCUUCUGCCACUAAGCUUUGGCUGCUGGGCAAAUCAUUUCACCUUCUGGGA